GCUUUGAAAUACUGUAAUAGCUAUUUAUAUAUAAUGUGGAUGACAUAGACUACAUUUUUUUCCUAUUAAUUAAUUAGUGGUUUACUUUUGUGAUUACUGAUUAGUUAUUGCUUAACCCUUUGAACUGUAAAAUUAACAAAUAUGAGGUUGGAAGCGAACGUAACAAAUAUGCAGUCAAACCACCUUUGACUGACACAAACAUGAUUUAGGAGGUCAAGACGUAGAACCAAAACAGAGGCUAGUCUUACUACCUACCUCCCUUUCCCCAUUUUCAAUAGAAAAAGAAUAUUUAUUAGUGAAGAGUACUACAAGGAGGGAGGUUUAGUUAUUUCCCAAAACAGAGAAAUGAAAUAGUCAAGAAUGUAGGAAGGUUGUCUAAUCUCUUUGUAUGUCAGAGGUGAAAAAUUCCAUGAAACAGCCACAGACCUAAACACGGGAUCCAUAGGAGUCUGUAAGUCAAGGAUCAGACCAUGCAAACAGCAUUUUAUAGCCAUCCUGUAUUCUGCUUCUCUUGCAGAAACUUAAGUAUAAAUCCGAAGAGUGGUUUGGUGAAAAUCCGUGCACCUUAUCUCUCUCAAUUGGAUUCGAAAUGUGAAUUCAAUAGGAGGCCUCAUAUUUAUAACUCUCCCAUCACAAUUAAACCAAACAGAUUGUUUGUGCUCCCUAACACAGAUGAUGGCCACCCAACUGCUUCUACCAUGGAUGACGAAAUGAACACAAACCAUGCUCCUAAUGUUAUAUCACCCAUGUUUCUCAGCAAUUGGUCACCGCCAAGGUACCUAUGGAGGGGAUUGUCAGUUUUAAUCCUAGCAGGGCAGGUAAUUAUGAAGAUUUUAAAGGGAAAAGUUCAUUGGAGGAAUACUCUUCAACAACUUGAAAGAGUUGGUCCAAAGUCGGUUGGAGUAUGUCUUUUAACCUCAGCCUUUGUUGGGAUGGCCUUCACGAUACAAUUUGUGAGGGAGUUCACUAGGUUAGGAUUGAAUAGAUCUGUAGGCGGUGUUUUAGCUCUGGCUUUCUCUAGGGAACUAAGUCCUGUGGUUACAGCAAUAGUUGUCGCCGGCCGCAUUGGAAGUGCUUUUGCAGCAGAACUAGGAACUAUGCAGGUUUCUGAACAAAUUGACACAUUAAGAGUUCUUGGAUCAGACCCUGUUGAUUAUCUGGUGACACCAAGAGUGAUUGCUUCUUGUAUUGCCUUACCUCUUUUGACCCUAUUGUGUUUUACAUUAGGGUUGGCAUCUAGUGCCCUACUCGCCGAUGGUGUUUAUGGAAUUAGCAUUAACAUUAUAUUGGAUUCGGCCCAACGAUCUCUCAGAGCAUGGGACAUUAUUAGUGCAAUGAUCAAGUCAGGGGCUUUUGGUGCUAUAAUAUCUAUUGUGAGCUGUGCUUGGGGAGUUACAACAAUGGGAGGUGCUAAAGGUGUUGGAGAAUCAACAACUUCAGCUGUUGUGAUUUCUCUUGUUGGGAUCUUCAUUGCCGAUUUUGCUCUUUCUUGUUGUUUCUUCCAAGGAGCUGGGGAUCAGCUGAAGAAUUGCGUUUAAGCAACUGAUUAUGUGUAUGCAAAUUUUGGUCAUAUGUAUAAAAAGAGUUUGCCAAUUUAAUAUUUCAAACUUUGCAUUUGUUGUACAACCCUGUUUUUUCCAUAGAAAGAUCACUUGAAUAAAAAACAAGAAUUGACAUCCAGUA